AUGGGCUUCACGACAGGCUUCCUCGGAGGCUUGACGCUCACCUCGGGGGUGUUGUACCUCACAAUCGCAAUGCACACCCAAAACCGCACCCACCAAGCCGCACUCCUACGACAACAACGCCUGGUCCUCAGCGAAUUUUACGAACCCAAGAAACCCGAGCCUGAGCCCUCGCCUCGGGUAGUCCCGGUUGGUCUGGUGGAGAUGGCAAAGGAUAGGUGGAACCGGAGUUUGGAAGAGGGCAUCCGGAGAAUAUACACUACCGACUGGAGGAAGGUGCGGGAAGAAGCUGAGGACAGGGCGACCGCGCUUGCAGAAAGGAUCAAGCAGCAGAGCAAGUGAAAAAUAAUGGGCUCUUCAAGAAUUCAUAAUGGGUGAGAUGAGGGAGCGGGCGAAUGCGACGAUACCCUUCGUACGGCGAUUUGUGCUUGGAGAUGUGAUAUAAGAUAUGUGUAGAUACUACGGUCAAGCCGCCAUAUGGCACUCCUGCGCCGCCGCACUCUAGAAUGUUGCGCGCGAGGUUUGCACGUGCCGAUCUCGUUUGUCGAAACAUUCUCUCACCC